GCGUAUUCGGUUCUAUAGACACUUUCAAAGCUAAAUUCAAAUUGGUCUUCUAUUUUAUAUACUCGGUUUUUUUACAUGUAAACAAAUUUUUAAUUGCGAAUGGCAAAAUACAUUGCCCAAGUAAUUGUUCUUGGAAGUCAAGUAUUUGCUCGAGCAUUUGCGAGAGCUCUGCAGCAAGAAUUUGCUGCUACUUCUGCAGCUGCAAAACGAGGAGGUGCCAGCAAAGCUCAAGCUGAAGCAAAUGUAAAACUUGGAAUGACAUUGCAGGAGGCAAAGGAUAUUUUAAAUAUUAGAGAUCUUGAUGUUGAAAAAAUCAACAAGUCUUUCGAACAUUUGUUUAAGGUCAAUGACAAAUCAAAGGGUGGAAGUCUUUAUUUACAGUCAAAAAUUAAUCUAUUGUCACUGUUAUAAAUAAAACCGGGAAAAUGACUGAAAAAUUAUGACUUAAUGGACUUAGAUCAAGAAUUUUUCUUGAACUUUUGGUGAAAAUACGUGGAAACGUACUGAGCGUUACGUCGUGAGGGUAUGAAAAGAAAUGGACUCUUCAAGAAGAUUUUUUUCUGAAUUUUUUUUAGCAAAGUGUAUUGUAUGUUGUGUUUUUUUUUCUCAAGAUUUGAGAUUCUAGGUCUAUAUUGGAAGUUCGUAAUAUAGAGUUAGGGUUUGUGUUUUAAAAAAUUUUCAUUGUUUUUCUCAUAUAGUUAUUAAUAUGUAGAAAUUGUGUUAAAUGUCCAAAGGAAGUUAAAAUUUUUUUGAGCAUGUUUUCUUGUGAGAUGAUGAGAGGGGUGGGGGCCUUGUUAGGCAUAAAUGCCUGUUAGCGACAACAGUAAAUAAAUCUUAUCUCAUCACCUCACAACAACAAUAGUAAAAGAGUAUGUUUUUCAUUACUUACAUUACCAAUCAUUCUGCAUGACUGGGGUAAAAACGCUUAACAAAACUCAUUUCGCGUUGGUCUAAUCGAUCAAAUGUUUGGUUUCACUUUCAUCUACCUUUGCGGAACUCUGUAGUGGUUGACGUCACAUCAAAGGUCCUAGAAGGAAUCUGAUGGCACGUGUGCUCAACGAUAGAACACGUAACGAGUGUCCAUUCACGUGACUCGGAUAUGCUAAUGACCCUGGGGAUAUUUAAACCGCUCACGGUUUAUGUUCUUUCUUUUUGAUUGUCUCUCAUCAUCAUAGGCCGUUGUUUCAUCAGCAUACGAACUUGCUUGUUCGUGCCACUCUCCCCUCUUCAAUAUCAUGAGCUUAUGUUAGUUUAUUUCCUAAUGGGUUUAAAGUUUUACAUCAAAGCCUUAGUCGAUAGUCAUGCAGUUUAGAUUUCAUCAUUUCUGUAUUAGUCAUCUCAUACAUUAAUAGCACAUAGCAUGUGGUGUGCCAUAGUUUGUGGCUAAAUGUGAGAUGGAAUUAAUUAUUACGUUUUUAGUAUAUUUUAUCAUUUACAGACUGUUUUAGCUAUACACCUUUUUGUUUAAUAAACAUCGUUCA